CAAAGCUGCAAACGGUAAUGGAAUGGAGGAAGGUCUCCUGCUCACACUAGCGCUUCCUACAUCCUGCUACAUUACCUCGCCUCUUCCAUGGCAACUCAAAAACCCAACUCUUUCUUCCUCAUUUUCUAGUAUUCAUCGCUCCUCAUGCACCUCCGCCACGAUAAUCAGGUGCUUCAAAGGAGUCCCAUAUGCCCAGAACGCUCGCUCCCAGAGGCUGCGGUUCAGUUUCAAUCGUAAUCGGUUCGACGACGAAGAAGAAGGUGAUGGUGGUGGUGGUGGUGGUGAUGAUUUUGAGGAUGAUCUUGGAAGUUUGUUGAAUAAGAGGAAGAAGAAGAGAAGGAAGAGAAAACGACAAUGGUGGACCGAUGGAUUGGAGCUGGAGGAGGAGAUGGAUGAUGUCUCGUCUGGUACUUUGGAGCAAGUUAUCGAUAGUCUUUGGAUUCUUAAGGUGUUUAAAUCUUACGGUUGGUUGCUUCCAGUCAUAAUAUUAUCUCUUCUGCUAGCUACUGGUCCCAAAGCUUUCUUCACGGCAUUAGCAGUAACCAUUGGACAGUCAGCACUAUUUCUAGCAUUCCAGAAGCUAAUGGGAAAGCAUAAACCUGUUCCAAAAAAGAAGGGCAGGAUAAGAAGGAAACCUUCUGCUGGCAUUGGAAUGAAUUUUGAAAUGGAGGAAGAACAAGACGAAAGUCUUAAAACGAGGAAGAAAAAGAUGGGGAACCAAUCAUCAGUGGGUAGCAGUAAUGGAUCAGUUAACCAUAGUGGUCAAAAAGUGCGUAGUUUUGGUGGAUGGGAUGAGCUCAUUGAGCUGGAUGGCAUGGGAUCUAUGCAGGAGCCAGCUCAAAUGGCAAAGGGCUCACAGAGGACUCCAAAGCACGAAAGCAAGUUAAGCAGGAGAGGAAGAACAAGUGAAUCGCCAUUAGUGUUGAGAUUGUUGAUGGCUGUCUUCCCAUUUCUAAGCUCUUGGAAAGGGAUACUUUGAUGCCCAAUUCCAUCAAAUUUACCUGCGAGUAUUGAGGCUGAGUUACCACCAAAUAUAAGGGGGUUGUCUCCUUACUACCUGAUCCCAUUCCCUUCCAUUGUAAUGCUGAAGCAGUAAAAAUUGAAGUUACCUGUGAGGCAAAAUUCACAAGAUAUUAUUCUACUUUGCCCAGUCCAUUUAGUAUGAUCAAUUACAAUUUUGGGUAAGCAAUUGUGAUUCAGAUGUAUAUUGAAAAGAAGUUUAUCUUUUUCCUUGACAUUCAGUAUCCUGGUCCUUUCUCUUGUCCAAUAUAAACCUCUCACGUGAUUGAUAGGAAUUUUGUUUCAGAAAUAUGGAAUCUGUUUGUCCCUCA